AAUCUCUCUCUCUCUCUCUCUCUAUCUCCCUUUUCUUUUAUAAUGUUUGAUCUACACUCUUCACAAUUUCAGGGCUCAACCUCAACCCAUUGGCUCUCACUCAGCUUUUUUUCUUUCUUCCAAAACAUUUGAUUGAGCCCUUGCCCACCAACUCCUUGUUUUUAUAGUUUUAAGCAAUGGCUUCUCCGCCAGACACCAGCAAGACCAUUAAGCUUGAGAGGUAUAACAGCUACAUUCGCAAGGUUCAUAAUACUAAACUUCUCAAUGCCUCCUCUAAGAUUAUCUUCCGUGCAACUCUUCUCAUUGCUCUUCUUCUUAUUCUCUUUUUCACCAUUAAUUACCCUCCUCUUUCUGAUCAUCCUCAACAUCUUCAUGACCAUCCCCACCGCCACAGCUUCCUCUCCACCUCUUUCUUUGCCUCUUCCUCUUCUGUCGGCGGCUCUUCUUGGGAGAAACAAGUCCGUCACUCCGCUACCCCUCGCCGGCCCAAUGGGUUCUCUGUAUUGGUCACUGGUGCUGCUGGGUUUGUUGGAUCACACUGCUCCCUUGCCUUGAAAAAGAGAGGUGAUGGUGUUCUUGGGUUGGAUAAUUUCAAUAGCUAUUACGACCCAUCAUUGAAAAGAGACCGACAAAAACUUCUGCUCAAACACCAAGUCUUCGUCGUUGAAGGAGACCUCAAUGAUGCACCAUUGUUAGCCAAGCUCUUUGACGUUGUACCCUUCACUCACAUCCUCCAUCUGGCAGCUCAAGCUGGGGUUCGCUACGCCAUGAAAAACCCACAAUCCUACGUUAGCUCAAACAUUGCAGGUUUCGUCAAUCUUCUCGAGGUAGCCAAAGCAGCAAAUCCACAACCGGCCAUCGUCUGGGCUUCUUCAAGCUCCGUGUAUGGGCUCAACACUGAAGUCCCCUUCUCUGAAACCCACAGGACAGAUCAACCCGCCAGCCUUUAUGCAGCUACUAAGAAAGCAGGAGAAGAAAUUGCCCAUACUUACAACCAUAUCUACGGGCUUUCUCUUACAGGAUUAAGAUUCUUUACAGUUUAUGGUCCCUGGGGAAGACCUGACAUGGCUUACUUCUUCUUUACAAAGGAUAUCUUACAAGGUAAACCCAUAGACAUAUACCAGACACAGGACGAAAAACAGGUGGCGCGUGACUUCACAUACAUUGACGAUGUAGUGAAAGGGUGCAUAGGGGCUUUGGACACGGCGGAGAAGAGCACAGGAAGCGGUGGAAAGAAGAAAGGACCAGCACAGCUAAGAGUAUACAACCUCGGGAACACAUCACCUGUUCCUGUAGGGAAACUGGUGUCCAUUUUGGAAUCCUUAUUGAACACAAAAGCCAAGAAGCAUGUGAUUAAGAUGCCAAGAAAUGGGGAUGUGCCCUAUACACAUGCCAAUGUGAGCUUGGCUUACAGGGACUUUGGAUACAAGCCAACCACAGAUUUGAGCUCAGGAUUGAGAAAAUUUGUCAAGUGGUACGUAAGUUAUUACGGGAUUCAUACAAGGGUAAAAAAGGAAAGCGAAAUCGACAGUGAGCAUUCCCAGAAUUAAGCGUCAGACCAUUCUUCAUCAUCAUCGUCAUCACCAUCACCGCAUGAUUGAUGAUGCUUUUUAUUUAUUUUCAUUUUCUUUUCUUUAGAUUAAUUUAUAAAUUCUGCUUGUUUUUUUUUUCUCUGCUGUUCUGAAGUGAAAAUGUUUGAGGAGGUGGUGGUGGUGAUGCAGCAUGUAGAAAUUAUAGUUCUAAUACAAAGAGAAGAUAAAUGUGAAUGAAGAAACUAAAGAAAAUGAAAGGAGAAGGACAAGUUGUAGAUCUGGGGAGUUGGGAUGUAAUAAUAAUUUUGGUGGGGUCUGCUAAAAAGCUUGCAGAUCUCAGCCAUUUAGAUCAUAUUUAAAAGAAAAUUUUGUAAUUGAACAGCAAUGAAUGGCAUCAAGAUUCUUCUUUC